UUCUCUUAGCAUAAAUACCCCGUCUCAGCUAAAGCCUCGCCUCCAUCCCUAAGGUUGAAUCAGAAGGCGUCUUCAUAAACGCCUUCGUUUCAUAGCUUUUCUCAGUCUCUUCCAACUUCUUCUUUUCGUCGUUUCUGGUUAUUGUGAAAUCAAUCAGCGAAAAUGAGAGAGUGCAUUUCCAUUCACAUUGGUCAGGCUGGUAUCCAGGUUGGCAAUGCCUGCUGGGAGCUUUACUGCCUUGAGCAUGGCAUCCAGCCUGAUGGCCAGAUGCCAGGUGACAAGACCGUUGGCGGUGGUGACGAUGCCUUCAACACCUUUUUCAGUGAAACUGGUGCAGGGAAGCACGUUCCUCGCGCUGUCUUUGUAGAUCUUGAGCCAACUGUCAUUGAUGAAGUUAGGACCGGAACUUACCGCCAGCUCUUUCACCCUGAGCAGCUCAUCAGUGGCAAGGAAGAUGCUGCCAACAACUUUGCCCGUGGCCAUUAUACCAUUGGCAAGGAAAUUGUUGAUCUCUGCUUGGACCGCAUCAGAAAGCUUGCUGACAACUGCACUGGCCUCCAGGGAUUCCUUGUGUUUAAUGCUGUUGGUGGUGGUACCGGAUCUGGUCUUGGAUCUCUCCUGUUGGAGCGUUUGUCUGUUGAUUAUGGAAAGAAAUCCAAGUUGGGUUUCACUGUCUACCCCUCUCCCCAAGUCUCCACAUCUGUUGUUGAGCCCUACAACAGUGUCCUUUCAACUCACUCCCUCUUGGAACACACUGAUGUUGCUGUGCUUCUUGACAAUGAGGCCAUCUAUGAUAUCUGUAGGCGUUCCCUUGACAUUGAGCGACCCACCUACACCAAUCUUAACAGGCUUGUCUCUCAGGUGAUUUCCUCCUUGACUGCUUCUCUGAGGUUUGAUGGUGCCCUGAACGUGGAUGUGACUGAAUUCCAGACCAACUUGGUCCCAUACCCAAGAAUCCACUUCAUGCUUUCCUCCUAUGCACCAGUUAUCUCUGCUGAGAAAGCUUACCAUGAGCAACUUUCUGUUGCUGAAAUCACCAACAGUGCUUUUGAGCCCUCUUCUAUGAUGGCCAAGUGUGAUCCUCGUCAUGGCAAAUACAUGGCCUGCUGCUUGAUGUACCGUGGUGAUGUUGUGCCCAAGGAUGUGAAUGCUGCAGUUGCCACUAUCAAAACCAAGCGUACCAUUCAGUUUGUUGACUGGUGCCCAACUGGAUUCAAGUGCGGUAUCAACUACCAGCCACCCACUGUUGUUCCUGGUGGUGACCUUGCCAAGGUGCAGAGAGCUGUCUGCAUGAUCUCCAACUCAACCAGUGUUGCUGAGGUGUUCUCAAGAAUUGACCACAAGUUUGACCUAAUGUAUGCCAAGCGUGCUUUUGUGCACUGGUAUGUGGGCGAGGGCAUGGAGGAAGGUGAGUUUUCUGAGGCUCGUGAGGAUCUUGCUGCCCUUGAGAAGGAUUAUGAAGAGGUUGGUGCUGAAUCGGCUGAGGGUGAAGAUGGUGACGAUGAAGAGUAUUAAUUAAGUUCCUGUGGUCUAUUUGAAUCAGUGUUAUUCGGUUUGUGUUUGUUGGUUGUUUAUUGCGAAUAUAUGCAAUUAUUUGAAGCUAUCUUGCUUCAAGGAUGCUUAAAUAGAUAUAUUCUGUGUUGAAUGGUACUAUUAUUUUAGUAAUGUUCACAAUUAUUUUAGGGA